AUGAAUGGGUACAACUAUUUUAAGAACUUUUGUAAAAAUGUAUUCAGUAAAAAUACAUUAGUUAAAAAAAGGAGUGUAGUUAAAGUAGGAAAAGGUGUAGGAUCUACAAUGCUUUUAGUAUCACCAAUUUUAUUUGAAGUAAAACAUAAAGAAGAAGAAAAUUCACCAAAAAGUGAAUAUAUUUUUUUGGCAGGAAAAAGUAUAGAUUUUUUAACUCAAAAGAUAUUUGAAAAUGAAUUUGGAACAUCAAUUUUAUAUUUAACAUUUUUUGUUGCAUAUUUAGCUUUACUUGUUCAUGAUAAUAAAAUAAAUCUAAUGGUACAGAAAUUAAAAUUCAAAUUUUCUAAUAAUAUGUUUAAUAUUGGACAUCCCAAUUAUAAGAAAUAUUUACCAAAAAAUCCUCUUAUAAAAAAAGACUAA